GUGGGGGAGGACGAGCGGCGCCGGGGAAGCGUUGCCAGCCGGAGCAGCGGCAGCGGCGGGAGGGAGGUGCAGCCCGGCGGACCCAGCUCCGCUGCCCGUCGGCGCUCUCCCCGCGGAGGUUGAGGACCUGCUGCGGGGUGAUGGAGGAGCAUGGGUACCCUUCCUAUAGCGCCCGCAGCCCCGCCUGGGAGGAGCUGGAGUCCGGGAAGAUGGCCGGGGCCGAGUCGGGGAUGAGCGGCGCCGGGAUCCCGCAGCAGCCCCAGCCCCAACCCCCGGCGGCGGCGGCGGGGCCGGCGGACGAGUCGUCGGACAGCGAAGGGGAGCACGAGGGCCCCCAGAAACUCAUCCGGAAAGUGUCCACUUCGGGCCAGAUCCGCAGCAAGACAAGUAUAAAAGAAGGAUUACUACUGAAGCAAACCAGCUCUUUUCAGAGGUGGAAAAAGCGCUAUUUCAAACUUCGAGGUCGUACCCUUUACUAUGCUAAGGAUUCAAAGUCUCUAAUAUUUGAUGAAGUUGACCUGUCAGAUGCCAGUGUAGCUGAAUCAAGCACAAAAAAUGUCAACAACAGCUUCACGAUAAUCACUCCAUUUAGGAGGCUAAUAUUGUGUGCUGAGAACAGAAAAGAAAUGGAGGACUGGAUAAGCUCCCUGAAGUCCGUUCAGUCCAGAGAACACUAUGAGACCGCACAGUUUAAUGUGGAACAUUUCUCAGGGAUGCAUAACUGGUACGCCUGCUCCCACGCCCGACCCACCUUCUGCAAUGUGUGCAGAGAGAGCCUCUCUGGAGUCACUUCUCACGGCCUGUCCUGUGAAGUGUGUAAGUUUAAAGCACAUAAAAGGUGUGCUGUCCGAGCAACAAAUAACUGCAAAUGGACUACAUUAGCCUCGAUUGGAAAAGACAUCAUUGAAGAUGAAGAUGGUAUAGCUAUGCCUCACCAGUGGUUAGAGGGAAACCUGCCGGUCAGUGCCAAGUGCGCAGUCUGCGACAAGACUUGUGGCAGUGUUCUACGCCUGCAAGAUUGGAAGUGCCUUUGGUGUAAAGCUAUGGUUCACACGGCCUGUAAAGAUCUGUACCCUCGUAAAUGUCCACUUGGCCAAUGUAAGGUAUCGAUCAUCCCUCCAACAGCACUAAACAGUAUAGACUCCGAUGGUUUCUGGAAAGCCACAUGCCCGCCAUCCUGUGCCAGUCCUCUUUUAGUUUUUGUUAACUCAAAGAGUGGAGACAAUCAGGGAGUAAAGUUUCUUCGUCGAUUCAAACAGUCGUUAAAUCCAGCUCAGGUCUUCGAUUUAAUGAAUGGAGGACCUCACUUAGGUUUGCGGUUAUUUCAGAAGUUUGACAACUUCAGGAUUCUUGUGUGUGGUGGCGAUGGAAGCGUGGGUUGGGUCUUGUCAGAAAUUGAUAAGCUCAGCUUGCACAAGCAGUGUCAGCUAGGAGUGUUACCCCUUGGUACUGGAAAUGACCUUGCUCGUGUCCUUGGUUGGGGAGGAUCCUGUGAUGAUGACACACAACUUCCCCAGAUUUUGGAAAAACUAGAACGAGCCAGCACAAAAAUGUUAGACAGGUGGAGUAUAAUGUCAUAUGAACUGAAAUUACCAGCAAAGCCUUCUAUUCUUCCAGUGACUGCAGAAGAGUCAGAGGAGUGCCAGAUAUCUGCUUAUGAGGAUUCAGUUGCUGCUCAUCUUGCAAAAAUUCUCAAUUCUGAUCAGCAUUCAGUUGUCAUAUCAUCUGCCAAAGUAUUAUGUGAAACUGUAAAGGACUUUGUUGCCAAAAUAGGGAAGACUUAUGAAAAACCAGUGGAAAAUGCAGAGGAAGCUGAUGCCAUGGCCAUUAAAUGCUCAGAGUUAAAUGAGAAGCUGGACCUAUUGCUCCAGGCUCUUCACACAGAAGCCCAGGCUGCUCCCAUUCUCCCAGGCAUUGCUCCCCCCAUUGUGGAAGAAGAACCAGAGGAGUUUUCAAGUGAAGAAUCCUUGUCUGAAAGUAAAGAGCAAUUAGCGGAGUGUGUCUCAAAAUCUUCCCAGAAACUCUUCAAACCAAGGGAACAGUUAAUGCUCCGAGCAAACAGCUUGAAGAAGGCUGUGAGGCAGAUCAUUGAACAAGCAGAAAAAGUUGUGGACGAGCAGAAUGCUCAUAGUGAAGAACAAGUGAACCAGUCUCCAGUAGAAUACAGCAAAGAAUUGGAUGAAUCCAAAGAAGAGGAAAAAGAGGAAGAUACAAAGGAACUUGAGUCCCCAUCAACUAAAACUGCACCAAGGUCUCCUGAUAGGCGCACAAGCCGAGGUAUCCAUUCUCAGACAGGUUCUUUCUCUGCUCCAGCUUUGGCAGCAAGCAAGGAAAACCUCCCAGUACUUAACACGAGGAUUAUCUGCCCAGGUUUAAGGGCUGGUCUAGCUGCUUCCAUUGCAGGAAGUUCAAUUAUUAGCAAAAUGUUGCUAGCAAACAUCGAUCCAUUUGGUGCUACGCCAUUUAUUGACCCAGAUCCAGAUUCCUUGGAGGGAUAUUCAGAAAAAUGUGUCAUGAACAACUACUUUGGUAUUGGAUUAGAUGCAAAAAUUUCACUAGAAUUUAAUAACAAGCGAGAAGAGCACCCUGAAAAGUGCAGAAGUCGGACGAAAAAUAUGAUGUGGUAUGGAGUUCUUGGCACAAAAGAGCUACUGCAGAGAACUUACAAGAACUUAGAACAAAAAGUUCAGCUUGAGUGUGAUGGACAGUACAUCCCCCUUCCAAGCCUGCAGGGCAUAGCUGUGCUAAACAUUCCCAGCUACGCUGGUGGGACUAAUUUCUGGGGUGGAACCAAAGAAGAUGAUAUAUUUGGAGCUCCAUCGUUUGAUGAUAAAAUCUUAGAAGUUGUUGCUGUAUUUGGCAGCAUGCAGAUGGCAGUGUCCAGAGUCAUCAAACUGCAGCACCACAGGAUAGCUCAGUGUCGGUCAGUAAAGAUCACCAUACUUGGUGAUGAAGGGGUUCCAGUGCAAGUCGAUGGAGAGGCAUGGAUCCAGCCCCCGGGAGUUAUUAAGAUCAUACACAAAAACAGAGCUCAGAUGCUAACACGAGACAGAGCCUUUGAAAACACCCUGAAGUCUUGGGAGGACAAACAGAAGUAUGAUUCCUGCAAACCUGUCAUUCGAUCUCCCUUGUACCCUCAGCAAGCUGUUGAGUUGGCUACAGAAGAAGAAGUUGCACAGAUCCAGCUAUGCUCACAAGCUGCAGAAGAACUUAUUACCAGGAUCUGUGAAGCUGCAAAAGUACAUGGCCUCUUGGAGCAGGAGCUUGCUCAUGCUGUUAAUGCAUGUUCACAUGCAUUAAAUAAAGCCAACCCAAGGUUUCCUGAGAGCCUUACCAGAAACACUGCCAUGGAGAUCGCUGUCAAUGUGAAGGCCUUACACAAUGAAACAGAAUCUCUGCUAGUAGGAAGAGUUUCUUUGCAGUUAGAAGCUCCCCAUGAAGAACUGUUGUCUGAUGCUUUGCACAGUGUGGAAAUAGAGUUGAGAAAACUUGCUGAGAUUCCUUGGCUUUAUUAUGUUUUUCAACCAAAUGAUGAUGAGGAUCCCCCUCUGGAUUACGCUAAAAGAAACAACAGAAGUACAGUGUUUCGUAUAGUGCCAAAGUUUAAAAAAGAAAAGGUUCAGAAACAUAAGACCAGCCCUCAGCCUGUUCAAAAAUGGGGCACAGAUGAAGUUGCUGCUUGGCUGGAUCUGCUCAGUUUGGGAGAGUACAAAGAAAUCUUCAUCAGCCAUGACAUCCGAGGCUCUGAGCUUUUACAUCUGGAAAGGCGAGAUCUUAAGGACCUGGGGAUAACGAAAGUGGGUCAUAUGAAGCGAAUUCUCCAGGGAAUUAAAGAGCUCAGCAAGAACACCCCUUUGUCUGAAGUGUAAUUAUGCUGGUGCUUUCCUUAAAGAGAGAAGUUUGCUGGAGAAGCAAAGCUGUUGCAGGCACUUGGCUGUCGUUGUAGUUUACUCUAUGGAAGAAUAAGCACUGGUGUUUGUACAGGCUAGCAUCUCUGAAUUCUUGUGUGGUGAAGAACUUGCAGAAAGAGUACGAAAGGAUUUGUGCCAAAAAAAAAAAGGAAAAGGUGAUACAUUCUGCAAAGACAUUUUCUUGGUGUGUGAAUUGGCCAGUUUGGAUAAGCCCAGUUUGGUAAAUUGAUUGGUUGAUGGUGAACUGCACUGACUGGAAAAUAUAAUCAAGAAAUGAUUGCUUUGCCUACAUGCAGCUCAGUAUGCCUCUCUUUAUGCUGCAGCAAGAUGCCACUGUACAGCAUGAGGUCAUCUGGUUAUCCUUCCGAGGCGUAGCUCUGUAAAACCUCCUGUGCAGGAGACCAGGAUGUUUGGAAAGUUCAACACGUGAGCCUGGCAGUGCCGCAGGUAUCCAGCACUCACUGGCCAUGCUAAAAGAGGGGAGAGAUACCUUGUGAUACCAUGAAUGCAAACUAUAAUGCAUGGUGUGCCUGCCUGAAUUGUCUGUUGUUCUGUUGCAUGACACAUCUGAUACUCUAAACACUUGAACAACUUUUUUAUUGGUUUGAAUGAGAUUUAAUUUAUUGCUACUUGAGUGUCUUUUUUUUUUUUUUUUUCUUUUCAGUUUCAGGCACUUUUCUAUUCUUCAGUGUUGUGUUAUGCCUAAAAUGUGUUCUACGACAAAGGGUGUGUGGGUGUGGAAACUUAGCAUUUGUGCCAUAUUCAGCAGAUUAUAUAUGAUUGAAACACUGUACAGUAAGAUUUUUAAAUAUAUCAUGUACAGAAAGUUUAUCAGGUAACUAACUUAUAAGAAUUUUUGAAAGACUGGUACCUCACAAAAAUAUCAAUUGGCUUCCUGCAUGGAAAAUGAUAAAGAAUCUUCUCAUGGUGCAUUUUAAUGUAGUUAUUCAGUUAUCUUAAACAUCUGUAGCAUAUUUGAACUUUUAGACACUAAUGGUUUUAUUUAUUCUAUUGUUCAAAAGCAGGUUUAAAGAUUAAUGAAAUUUUCUUAAAGGAAGAUUUAAUUUUAUUUAUCAUACAUAAGAAGAUAUUUAAAAUGUAGCAGCUGAUUUGAUUUUUGUGGGGUAAACUUUUAUUUGUUGCUAAUUAACUAUUAAUUUAAAAAUGCAUCUGUGUGCAUUUCUUUAAAAAGGUAUCAAUUUGUUUCUUGACAGCACUCCUACAUCAGUAGACCGUAGAAAUUAAAAAACCCUAGACUCUACGGUUUUACACUAGGCAUGCUAAGAUGAAUCACAUGCAAGAUAGUAAUCCAUGAGUGUAAACAGUUUAAAACAAUUAAAACUCUCUUUGUUUAGAAAUUGCUCUAGACCAGAGUUUGUAAGGUUAUUUACAAUUUACUUAAAUGAAACAGGUUCAUAAUUUAAUUUCCUGGUUAGCUUUCCACAAAAGUAUUAAUCUAGUUGGAAAAUAAUUUUUAGAUAUCAACAAAAAAAAUCCUACUUAAGUGUUUGAGAUGAGAUGAUGUUGCACCCCCUGCCAGAAAACUUGCACAGAAUUGCUGUCUCCUUGCUGCUCCUAGCAAUGUAUUGUUGCAGCACAAGGAACACUUGACUUUUACUUAAUCAAGUAGCUUUGAUGUUUCUUGCACGUUAAAGAGAUCUUAACAUCUAUUUCUGUUUUCCUCAUGGGCAGCAGAGUAAGGUUUCAUUUGAUUUUUACCAAAACUUAUUUCCUCAUACAAAGGGGCCAAUGUCAAGUACAGCAUCCUGGUUUUGCCCUCCAUUUCUCAUGCGUGUGACAGGAGCUGUUCCAUGGCAAGUAGAUGGGACUCAUACCUUGGAAAGUAAAAUCUAUUCUCUUCAUUGUUUUAUUGGAGAAAAAAAAAAAUCAAAAGAAGCAAAACAGGUUUAAUUUAUAUCUUAUUGUAGUUCUUUGUGUUCUUGCUGCUGUAGGUUCAACAGGCACCACUCUGGGAGUUCUGUGGUUUUCUGGUUAAAAAAAACAAGUAAAAGGCUAUUUGCUCUUAUGUUUUCCAUAAAAAACAAACAAAAAUGCCUUUGCCAAAUGAUAUGAUUUUCAUGCUGUUGUAUAAAAAGCAUAUGCAAAAAUUGGAAAGUUAGGCAAACAAUGGAAAGUUUGUUGGUUUUGGUUUUAUUUUAAUGUACUUGAUAUUCACCCCUUUAAUGACUUUCAGGUGACAUCUGCCAAGUCUUUGUAAGUUUUAUUUCCUUUUCUCUUUGGUUCUCCAUAAGCUACACUGUAUUUUAACAUGUGGCAGCAUUCUAGCAUAUUGAUAUUACAGUAGAAAACACAUUUAAUCUUCUGGUCUAUUCAAGGAUAUAAUACAUACAACUUUCUUCGCUUUCCUGAUUGUGGGAUACAAUCUCUUUACAACUUUCAGCCUUGCUGUAUGCAAUGCAUUAAGAUGGGCUAUGGAACAGGAUCUCUUCAAGUCACUGUAGAUGUCUAUGCUGGGUAUAUUAAAAAAUGGGAGCUGCUUUUAGGCAGGGAAAAUGGGCAAAUGUUUGUAGCACAACUUUCUCAUGGCACUCCUCAAAUUACCUCAGUAUAGGACAACUGAUCAAUGAUCAUUUUUCUAAAUGACCACCAAAGAAUUCAACUUUGAUUGUCCUAAGCAUUUUUUUUAAAUGCAUGAGUAGAAAAAAGCAAAACUGUAAGCAUCAUUUAUGCUGUAUUUAUUAGAAGCCCAGGAAAGCAAAUUUUAUGCAACUCUAUGCCUUAGACGAGUGGUGGCUAUGAAGUGCAAAUGCGUCUGCCAGGGAGGCUCAAAAUAUUUUACAGAGGUUCUCUGUGGAGGUCAUGGGUAGUAACUGUGUUUAAGAGAUUUGGCUUUUCUGAAGGCUUUUGAACACAGUGUUACUCUCUCAUGAUUAUUCUAAGUAUUGAGUUUUUUUCCUUACUGAUGUAAAAGUCCCAGCUCCUAGAACUAAGUACAUAAAUAGCUACAUUUUUUAAUGAACUGUAUUCUCCCUAAUUUAAUCCUGCUGUUAAAAAGCGCUUCAAAGCACACAUCCCAAUAUUUCAACAAAACCAGUGUAAACACAUCCCUAACAGCAGUUAGUUUUUUAGAAAACAAGAUCCUGUGGAGCCUGAUUCAGCAUGCUAGAUUUAUCAAGACAAUCUCUAUACAAGUUUACUGGAUGAAUUUUUUUUGCCCGAGUCGAAUACACAUGAUUUCUGUGUUCAGUAUACAUUAAAGUCUGAAAGGAAUGCAGAGUAAUCUGCAUUUUUUUGUAGUGGCUCCUAUUCAUACAGAUGAAAAGCUCUACACCUCAGAGAAAGGAACAUGAGAAGUGCAUGUUUUAAAAUGGCAGCAGGUUGCUAAAUGUAUGUUUCUGUUUUGUCAUUUUCAAAUAGGAUUUUCUCAGUUCCCUGUAUUUGAUUGCUGUAGCAAUCUCUGAUUUAGGUCAUACAAGUUUUGCCUUUAUAAAGCCUCAUGCCUUCUUCUUAGAAACGGAAUGAAAUCAAGCAAACUCAAGGUUGUAGGUAGGUGUUGGAGAUGUUUUGCAAUACUUCAAAGAAAAGAAGGUUCAAAAAUCAAUUUUUUUUUUACAUGAUGGCAAGUGCAAGUUUUCUUUGAUACAUUUUUAUGUAUCUCCCCUUAACCACUAUUCUUUCCUCCUGAAUGUCUCUUUCUUUCAAAGAAAAAUACUUUGAACUUGGAAGAGCAGUAAAGUGUAAAGCAUAUGAUCAAAAACCCUCCCACACUAUUUCAUUCCAGUAUUUCUUGUUUUGGGACUGGAAUUAACAUGCUUGUUCCUGUAAAUAAUAAAUAGAAAUCAUCUUUCUCUCUCUAUCCCUGCCCAAAGAAAUUAAUACUGCAAUAUUGCAUAACUGUAAUUCAAAGGAGAGGUAUUGAUUUUUUUCUUAAUAAACAUCCAUUUUAUAUCUUCCUAUGCUUUUUGUAGAGAAAUAGAUAACCUGCCAAUUUUACUUUUUAACUGAACUCACUCAUGCUAAUUUAAUGAAAAUGUCAUAAAGCCUUGAUAAUGAGCAUGGCUUACUUCAAGGGUAAAAUUAUCAGUGUUUUUCAAUGCAUCUGGUCUUCAUUUUGGGAAGACUGGCAGGAGACCUUUUUCACAUGUCAUGGAAAAUUAAUAUAUAAAACAAAUAUGAGAGGAUGUUCCAUAGUCUUACUUUAAAAACAGUUAUAAUAAUGGACAUGUAAGACAAAACCCCCCACGGUGAUUCCAUUUUGCUUGAUGCUUCCUGUUUAUGAUUGCAUUAGUAGUGUUUACAGCUGUUUCUGCAGUGCUCUCUCUGUGCCCCUAAAUAUUAAGUUCUUGCCUAUGAGUUCAACUGUUCUGGUAAUUAAUAAUUAGCAGUGUAAAAAGUUUUUGUGAAAGGUAAAGUCACAAGGAAUUUAUAUGGUUGAGGAUAACUGAGCUGGAGCAAUUUAUUUACAACCAGGAAAUCAUCUUGUCACUCGUAUGAGUAAGUGAGAGAGACACACAGAAAAUAAGAUUAAAUAAGUCAUUCUAAAUUUAUUUUUUCACCCCAAUAACUUAAGUACCUCUCAACUGCAGCAUCCUGUAUACAUUUAUAACACAGGCUGUCCCAUAUUUUUGAUUCUAUUUUCAUGGAUUGUACAUUUUGUGGUAUGAUUUUCAUAUCAUCAAGGGUUGAUGCUGCUUAUUCUAACUACAAAGAUUUAAUGUUUGCAAGAACUGUACCUGACUGUCUUAAGUAAAGGAACAAGUUUUUGAUGACUUGAGGAAGCUGAGGAGUUUGGACAGGACUUAAAAUAUCUCUGCUUCCUCUUCAGAGAUGAAUGGUAGCAUCAGCGGGAUUGAUAAAGCAUCAUUUGGUAAUUAUCAGUAUAAAAUCUUUACUGGUUGUAUAAAUUCCUGUAUUUAUAUCUAGAGUAUAGUGUGGAAUGGAUAUUUUUUACAAAAAGAAAAAAGUUUUCUAGUUGUUUUCUACUACUGUAGCAUUAGGUUUCAUAGCUCUUUUAAGUGUUAGGUUAUGUACUUGAAAUGUUUGUUUCUGCCAUACAGAAGUCCAGUCUGUUUCUCAGAAAUUAUAAUCCAUUUAGAAGCCAUCUGGAGACCUUGAGAAGACUCUUCCUGUAGCCAGUUGCUUGUAUUAGUGGGGCAGAAGAAGCUGGUGCCUCAUUUAUGUUUAACACCAGUCAUGACUUUACUAAUGUUUUUACAUCGCUUCCCUGCUUCUGGCAAGAUGAGACCCUUGCAUGUCUCUCCAUGGUUUCCACUCAGAAGAGCUGGACAGGCAGGCCGGGAAAAAGUUGUAGGAUACUUCAGGAGAGCAAGAUAGACCAAGGCUUCAGGCUCCAAAGCCUAGUAUAGCCAUGGUGGACUAAAAUCCUUUAAAGUUAUAGUUUUGCAAUCCCUGCUGGAAGCUCUAUCUAACAAUUAACACUAGCUACUGGAAUGCCCUUGGAAAGAGAAGUAUUUUGGCAAACGCUACCAGCUGUGUAAGACAUUGAAAAUACUGAACAUCAUGGUAGCUAUUAGUAGGACAAAUAUCCAAGUGACCAAUGAAUAUUUUAUUCUAUGGAACAAAUACUUUGGAAAAAUACAGUUUGUAGGAUUAUUCAAAGACUAGUGUGAGGAUUGAAAAGCUGAAUACAAAAGCAAUGUGGUGCAAAGUUUAAAGUCAUUUGCUACUAUCUUUUUCCAAAUUCAUUGGAAACAACUAUUUUAGGGAGCUGUGUUUGAUCCAGGUAUAGCUAUACAAGAGCAUGUGAACUGGAAGGUGGAAACAGGAAGAAAUGAAUUAAAAGUAAAAUUGGAUAGUUUGUUUUUGUUAUGGAAACUGUGUGAAAAGCCAAAAAGAAAAUCUCCCCAGUGCCCCAAAUCCCUUCUAUGACUUUUUAAAGUGAAUUAGUAUUUUAAGUCCUAAUUUUAUUAAACUAAAGCAUUAAUUGGAUAAAAGAUAUUUUAGUUUCAUUAAUAACCUGAAAGUGCUAUUAACUGGGAAAGAGUUAGAGACAUAAUUAUGUUUUUCUCCUGGUGUUAGUUGAAGUAAACUCUGUUUGGGACUAAUACUCUUUGCAGUCACAGUCAAUUAUUUUGUGAAUGGGGAGGUUGAGGAAAGCCAUUCGAAGCUGCUUGGUCUUGCUUUUCAGGGAGGGGUAGAGCACGUGUGCUGAAAAGUAGGGCCUGGAAGCUCUUAAUGAGAAUUUUAAGGAUACAAGAUUUUCUAGUUGGACAGUUUAGGAAGAUUUACAAUGAGCACACAGGCAUGCAGAUACUCACUUUGAAGGUUCCUGGUAGCACUGUCCUCUCACAAGAUGCCAUGGCUAUACAUUGAAUCAGGCAUUUGGACUGUGUGCUUAGCCAGAUUCCAGAAGAUUUUCUGCAGGCAUCUGUCACUUGUGGUGUCUGUACUUUCUGCCUUGGUUUUAUGUCUCCUUAAAUCCUUCACCUUGAAAAAUGCAGUUGUUCAUAUACGACAAAAAUUACCAAUUUUCCAACUCAAGGAGCACAGCUUGUGAACCUGUCCUGAAAUAACCUGUUUCAUUAGCCAGCUUUUUACAUCACAGCCUUUGAAUCCUAAAAGAUCUGAAACUAUGGCACCUUCGUAGAGCUGCCAGUUAACUUAGGAAUUAAUAUGCUUUUAUGUUGACAGGAUCAUCAAAGGGCAAGGUGGUAUGCACAGUGGCAGAUGAGACAUGCAAUAGAUGGGAUUUGUGCAUAAAGUGUACAAGCUGUUGAGGUGCUCCUGAAAGGGGAAGAGGGCCUGAUCUCUGCACCUCCCCUCUGGCCUUUCCUCGUUGCUGUCAUUGCCCACAAAUAAUUUAAUGUCAUCUGAUAUUAGCAGCUUCUUGUCUUAAUUCAUGGUGACAGCAAACCUAUCAGUCACUACUAAUGAAACUUCUCACUGUCACAUCUGUCUGUCUAGAGCAGGUAUCUUCAAGUGUUGAGCACUGUGGAAUUGCAUUAAUGUAUUUUUAGUGAUGUUCUGGCAUUUAAGAAAGGUAAGUUUCAUCUAAAGGUAUUUCAAAGGUUCAGAGAGGAUGCCAACCCAGCAUGGGUGGUUUCUGUCAUUAGCCAGGCUUGUAACUUACGCUGAUAUUCCAGUCAAGUACAACUGUUAGGUAAUUCUGUAGUAACAUCCCCUUACCUGCAUGCGUGGAUGCAUGAAGUACACAUGGAAGCCUUGCAGAGAUGUGACACUGUCUAGUUCUCUGCAUAAUUCAUAUUUGUGUCUAAAUAGCAGUUUGUAGCAAAGAGCUGAAACACAUGAUUUCCACUCAAUCCAAGCCUAUAUUCAAUUGAAAAUGAAAACAUCUAACAUGGUUUGUCCGGGCCUAGGUAAAAACUGGUGUGUAUUCAGUAGUUUCUCCCCUUCUUCCUGCUCAUUCCACAAGGAAGUUCAUCAUCUUUGCAAUCAUAUAGAUCUGUUGGGACUCAGGCAUAUGCUGUGCUUUAAACAGAACUUUAGGCCCCUUGGAGAUUGUUCUUGUAUUUCAGUUUUAGCAUUUACAUGUAAGCCUACAGAUGAUUUGGGUGAAGAGAAAUUGCUCCUCACAUAAAAGUGAUCCUCAGAUUGAUCAUGGGUAGACUUUUAAAUGCCAUACUUAUGAAUGUUGUUCUCUUGCCAGUAUUUGUGUGGAUGUGUGUAGAUAUGUAAUAUCUAGUUAGUAGUGUGUAUGUGAAAGCACACCUGUACAUAGAGAUGUAUAUACAUACCCUGGUUUUGCCCAAUAUAACGAUGCCAACUUGUGUGUAGAGCCAAAAAAAACUUAAAACUAUACAGUGCUUGAGAUGCUGCAUUGUUUUUAUUAUAGUAUUUUUUAUAUCAGAUGAAUUGCAGGAUGUUUACAGAUGCUUAUUAAUAUUUAACUUAUACAAUGGGGAGGCAGGAUGUUUAUGAUUGUUGUCAGCUAAAGAAUUGUAUAUGAUUCUGAGUGAAAUUUUGGCUUUUUUGAAAUCCUUGGCAAAACUCCCAUUGAUCGCACUGGGGCCAAGAUUAAACCCCUCUGAAUCUAUUGUUUACUGGCUAUUUUCCUACUGUGAUAUUUUUUUUUAAAUGAUUGAAAUGUAUUUAUUUUUUCCCAAUGUGAAAUCUGCAGUUUCUAUUUGGAUUUUUCUACGGAACCUGCAAACUACAACACAGGUGGGAAUAUAAGCCUCAGAGAAUGUAUAGAAUUUUUCAUUGAUCUGGUCCUUGAAUAUGUCUAAGAAAAUACCUUCUAAAAUAACUUUUGUAAGAUUUAAUACAGAAUCAUCUAAAAAGAGAUCACCUUUCAUGCCUCUCUCCACAAAGAGGGAAUGCAAUGUGGCAGGUGAAUGUGAAGAAGUAUUCAUUGAUAAAUAAAAAGUAGUCCUGUCUGUUUUCUAUACCUACUGAUCUCAUGCAGCUCACCUGUCUCUGCAGAUCUGGUAUGAGACACUUGAAGUACCUUAUCCAAAAGUACCUUAUUGGGAAAAAAAAAGUUACAUAGUAAGUAUGUGGCUUUAAGCUUCUUAUCAAGACGUGGAGGUAUCUUCAGAGCCAGUGUGUUGAAUAAUUUUUAAUAUUCCAUGGAUGAAUUAAAAUGAUGAAAAUGUUAAGUGGUAAGGCAAGCUGGACAACUGCUUGACAUUAGAGAAAUCGCUUGUCUAGAGGCAGAAGGAUCAGUUCUUUAAUAGCACAAUGGAAGAAAAAUACCGUAACGCAGCGCUUCCUAAAUCCCUUUCCAGGGUAUCUUUUAAUUGUGUAUGCUUGAAGUGUAUUCUUCCUGUAAAAAAACCCAUAUGGCUGUGAAACAGCUAAACAGAUGCAUCCUAAUUUCUUCAUCUAAGGCUAAAGUAUCAUUUUCAAACAAGAGCUGUCGUGCACUUUGAAAUACAUGUGUUGGGAACAGGUAAGUUUAUAUUCGUCAUAGAUAGCUGUCCCAGGGAUAGUCGGACUUGUAAAAUGAGGUAGUUAUGUUAGGGUUAUCAAAAGCUGAAGAAAUAGCAAAGCAGACACAGUCCUUCAUUAGGCUCUUUCUGAAGAUGUCUGUGCAAAUGCCCACCACUUCCUGGAAUCUUUUCCUAGAAUUUUGUUUAAGAAAGGAUCAUAUUCAGAUUCCUACUCUUCCCCUUCCUAAUAAGACAGGAAGUAUGCACCUUGGUUGAACUUUCUAGGAGUUUGCUGGCUGUAGAAACAGACCUCAAAAGAAUAAAAAUUCGAGGCAGUCAGUAGGCUUGUGAAGGAUACACAGGGCUCUGUCAGGGCUCGUUAGACUGCUAAUGUGGAUCUGAUCACAGAUUUCUGGAGGAAAAGCUCCUGUGGUGCUCCUGCUGCACUUGGUGGCAAGGCUCCAUGGUUGCUAGUGGGAGCAGAUGGGUGCCCAAGCAAGCAGACACCUUUCCUUUGCAUGUUGAUUGUCUUUCUGCAAUUCUGAUCAGGACUGGAGUUCAGGACACACCUUUAUUUGUCUGCAAAGCUUGUGAUAGCUGAGGAAAUGAGGAGGAAGUGGCUGAAGGUCUGGAUUCUGCCUUUGGUUUCCUGCCAAUGGAGCUGGUGUAAGACUGGGGGCAGUUUAGUUAACCUUUGAGUGCCUCACUUUCUCCACCCAUGAGAAUAGGGAUGCUCACCCCCUCUGUACAGCUCCCUUGAGUCCUGUAGGAGAGCAGUGUUAUAUAAACAGCUGAGUUUUACCCACACUAUUAUAUGUAAUAGAAAUAAAUGACUUCUGUCCAUAACACUGCAAGAAUUGCUUUUCCUAGUUCCAGUUCCCUUUGAUGACCUACAUCCUGACUACAUCCUGGGUAGUCAGUUUUGAAGCUUAGCAAUUGCUCUAAUACUUAGAAUUACACACACAGCAGGCUCUGUUGCUGCAGAAAAGAGUAAAACUUUAAACUGCCUGACAAAACUUGCCAAUGAAGUAUAUCUAACAGAGCAGGGGUGUAACUUUUGGCUUUAUUUACUUGUAAUAAUGGUAAGGAACAGUGAAUUUUGUUUGUUUACAUACUGUUUACAAUGGCACAGUUUUAUUUUUAAUAUAUAAAAACAAUUGAGGUAUUUAUUGCAUAUACUAUUUUAAAGAUGUUUUAUGUGUUUUCACCUUUGGAAUAUAUUGUUACAUUUCCUUGUACAGAUAAUUUGGGUGGCUUUGUUAAUAUAGUUAGUAAUUUUUAUGACUACUAAGUGACCAGUUUUCCGUGCCUUUUUAUUGUUGGAUGCAUGAUUACAUAUUUAUUAUUGUAUGGAAGUCACUGAGAUGUGUAUUUUUGUAUUCUGCUGGAAGCAAUGGUUGAUUUUAUUGUACAUGAUAAGAGAUGCCUUCCAUAACAGGCACUCGUAUGAGAUCUUCCUUCUCAAAUAAACAGAAUGCAUUCAAUGUA